AUGAGACCUCCGAGGGGCCGCGGCGGCGGAGGCUUUAGGGGCGGAAGAGACGGGGGCGGCCGCGGCGGCCGUGGCGGACGUGGUGGCGGCCGUUUCCCUCCUCGCGAGGAAGGCCCUCCUUCCGAAGUUGUUGAGGUUUCGACGUUUGUUCAUGCUUGUGAGGGUGAUGCAGUCACAAAGCUCAUAAAUGAGAAAAUUCCAUACUUCAAUGCUCCUAUUUACCUUGCGAACAAGACCCAGAUUGGUAAAGUAGAUGAAAUCUUCGGACCCAUCAAUGAAUCUUUUUUUUCCAUUAAGAUGAUGGAAGGCAUUGUGGCAACAUCGUAUUCAGCGGGUGAUAAAUUCUUCAUUGAUCCUGCUAAGCUCUUGCCACUAGCGAGAUUUCUUCCCCAACCAAAGGGACAAGCACAGGCUGCUAGAGGGGGAGGACGCGGUGGAGGAAGAGGUGGUUUCAGAGGUGGUCGUGGAGGUGGCAGCGGAUACCGCGGAAGGGGUGCUCCCAGAGGUGGUAGAGGUGGUUUCAGAGGUGGUGGUCGUGGUGGAGGUUUUAGAGGCAGAGGAAGAUCAUAGAAUGUUUGGGUGUUAUACUGUUUGUCCAUUCCUUCUUAUGACUUGCCACUCCGAUGUGCUCAAUCAGCCAGACCAAUGCAUGUUUAUGGAGGGUUUCCAUUUAUCAAUGGGGUCUACUUCCCAAUAUAUUCCUAUAUACCCAUGAGCACAUACAAGAGAAAUGGGAAACAGAAUUUUGAUGCUUCUGUAGGUUUUGUACCCUAAACAAAUUGGUAGAUUUCUUAGAACUUUGACUUUGGGUUCCUCUUCAAACUGAUGAUGAUUAAUGCACUUAUUUUGACGAAGGGAAGCAUAUCACCUUCAAGUUUGUGA